AUGACGUCCCAGUUGUAUUCCUUUGUCACUGAAAAGAGCAGUAAGAAGACUCUUGAGCUGCUUCAGAGUCCAUCCAACUCAUCGCCUACGGCAGAAAUCAAGUUCAAGAUACUGUCUGCUGGCCUCACUGCAAACAACAAGUUUUACCUGGAUUUUGGAGAAAAGGCGCCCUUCAACUUUUUCAAGUGCUACCCUGUGGGGGACAAAGAUACCAGCAUUAUUGAUCCAAAAAAUGAAGCAACUUCGGAUACUUUAGCUGAUACUUAUGUCCACCCACCGGUUUGGGGACUCUGCCAGGUCAUUGAAAGUAAGGUAGAAGGAGUUGCCGAAGGAACCGUCUACCGAGCCAUGCUGCCCUUGGGAGCGCACGUGGAAUUCGAAAAAGCUCAUCUGGAACCAAAGACCGACAAUCUCGUGGUUCACAGGCCUACAACCAACCCAGCCUACAAUGCAUUCAUACCUAUCCCCCCCAACAGUGUGUGCCAUCCUUCUUCCGAGGCCACCUGCGCUGUGGCAUUGACCUGCUUUCCUGGAAUUGUCACGGGAUUUGGAUUGUACUUUGAAUUGCAACGAAAAAACUUUUAUGGAGAUCGGGACACAAUUGUCAUCACGUCUGCAUCCAGCAAAGUUGCAUUGGCUCUUGCAUUGUACCUCAAACACAACCAGCACGGCAAAAAGAUUAUUGGAUACACAUCCGACAAACAUCGUGGUUUUGUAGAAGGCACCAAACUCUACGACACUAUUCUCGGGUACGACGAUGCUCUCCCAGCAGAAGCCGGUCCCAAUAGCGCUGUCUGUGUGGAUAUCAGUGGCAAAGGAACCGUCUUUCAGAACAAUCAAGACAAGAUUGCCAAGUUGCUCGUAGUGGGAAACUCGUCGGGAUCUCCCGAAAAGGAAAGCACCUUUGCCAACUUUUCCUUCUUUGCCACCGUCAAGAUGAUCCUCACCAUGACCAUGAUCUUUCCAACGUGGGUCACGAACGCGCUGAAUACCAAACAAGACUUGUACCUUAUUUUUGUGACUGUAGAAGCUUUAACCAAAGACUGGGGCACGGACAAGUACUUGAAAACCUUGGAGGACUAUACCAAGCUCUUUUGUACGGCUGCCAAAGAUUGGGGGGUCAAGGUCCGUGAUUGCGGGUCCGAGGAAAGCAUUCAGCAGGCCUUCCAAGAGAUUGUGGAAGGAACGGUCCCGCCAUCAGAAUGCGUUGUUGUCGAUGUGGCCAAGGCUGUGGAACAUCGAAAAACAUCCUAA